CCACAAAGCCUCAUUUGGCGAUCCACUGAGCAAUCUCCACUCCCACGCGUGCUUUCGAACUCAGAAAUGAGCGCUUCCAGCUCGCUCGAGGCUCACGGCCUAUCGGAUAUGCAAAACGCAGCUGAGAACACCGUUUUCCCAGAAUCUGGGCAUCAGCGGCCUAACGACCCACUCUACGGCGUCGAUGUCUCCUGGACACCCAAAUACCGAAGCGAGCAAAUGCUCUUGGAUGUGUAUACACUCAAUAACAGUGAAAAGCAAAGACGCAAGGAACGAGACAGACAACAACGACAGCAUUAUUUACUGAAGCAUACCUGGAAGGGUAACUAUGGUGUACCGUUACGGUCGCCUUCAUUGAUCGUCAAUUGGUGCUGUGGCACAGGGAUUUGGGCAAUGGAGCUAGCUCAUAAGUUUCCGGAAUGCCACGUGGUCGGGAUUGAUUAUCCUUCGGCAACUAUGAGUAAAUUAUCGAGCGCACACAAUAAUCUCGAAUUUCAGCAUAUGCUACCUCAUGAAGAGCAUACAGGGCUGGAACAGUUCGAGGACAAUUGCGUCGACUAUUUAAUGAUGCGUGAUGUUUGGCUGAGCAAUUCGCCUCACCAUAAAUGGCGUCAGAUUAUGCAGCAAGUCAUGCGGAUUUUGAAGCCAGGCGGAUGGUUGGAGAUCUACGAACAAGAUCUGGAAAUUUACUCGGCAGGUGCCCAUCUUCAAACGCUGGAUCGUUGGAUGGACACAUUGCUUGAACAUUUGGGUAUUGAGAAACAGCUCGUUCAUCUUAUUACCCCACUGUUGAAAGAAACAGGGUAUCAAAACGUGCAAGAGCGUGCCAUGGAACUGCCUCUGGGCGAAUGGACAUCGACAGAUGUGAUGAAGGAAACAGGGUAUCUGUUCAAAGAUUUGAUCGAGCGUCGAUUUCGUAUUUUGCGACCCUGGCUUUCUGAACUGAAUAACGUAUCGAACGAAGAGAUCCUCAAUACCAUUACCCAAGGUCUGGAUGAAUGUGAGACAUCCAAAACACAUAUGUGUUGGUACUACUAUGCCGCCCAAAAACCGGGAAACAUUUGAUUGUACUAUCUGUCGUAGCAAAAAAUUGCAAGUGUAUCCUGCGUUCUUCCCUCUUGUCCGCUUUUGAUUCCAUACUACCUUCUUUUUCUUGAUUGUCAUCCCCUUUGCUCAUGUGUAAUUUUCUUGUUACUAUACAAUAUUAUACAUAUGCUAUGCUAUGCUAUUUAGUUUUUAUACUGUGGUUUCACCGUUCUGUUCGGAUUCUUCCAACGUCUUCAUCUCUCGGGCCAACUGAGUUGCACAUUGAAAGGAAAAACAAAUUUUACAUAUCAAUACUGCGAAAGACCAUUCAACUUUUUUUCUAUCGCCUUACCUCUUCCAAUUCGACCAGAUCCC